AAAUGGCAACUCGCUUAGGGUUUUCUCCCGCCUCCUGCUCUCUUAGCAAGGCCCUAGUGGGUGUGAGGGGGAGGCGACUGUAGUCGUAAGCAAGGUCUGGGAAGCGGUGCUCCUUCGCUUCAGCUCAAGUGUGGAAGGAGGAUGGAAAGUCAGCUUUGAGGCGCUUCAACGAGCGAGGCAGGCGGCGUGUCAGUCACCCGGUCGCUCGGGCAGCCUCCACGCGCUCCCGCUUCGAGCCGAAGCAGCGGGGCUUCUGCGGGGUCUUGCCCCCACCGCCAGCAGAGGCCGCUGAAGAGGGGCAGUGGCUGAGGUGGUGGUGGCGGCGGCCGCAGCGGCUGCCCCAUGUCCCGCAAGGCCAAUGUGGAAUAUACCCUGCGGAGCCUGAGCAACCUGAUGGGCGAGAAGCGCCGCCGCCAGCAGCAGCAGGCGCCUGAAGGCUCGUCGAGCCUCGGGGAGCGGAGCCUCAUCGCCGCCGCCGAGUCCUGCUCCAGCCUGAACAGCCAAGCGUCGAGCAGCGGAGGCGCGGGAGACGGCGGUAGAGGCGGCUGCGCGGACCUGGAGCGGGCGGCUCGCCGUCAGUUCCAGCAAGACGAGACGCCUAGCUUCGUCUAUGUGGCGUCGGUGUUCUCCGCCUUGGGCGGCUUCCUCUUCGGCUAUGACACUGGCGUGGUGUCCGGGGCCCUUCUGCUGCUCAAGAAGGAGCUCAACCUGGACGCUUUCUGGCAGGAACUGCUGGUCUCCAGCACGGUGGGCGCCGCCGCCUUCUCGGCGCUGCUCGGAGGGGUGCUCAACGGGUGGUGCGGCCGCCGAGCCUGCAUCCUCCUGGCUAGCUUCGUCUUCACAGCCGGAGCUGCCCUGCUGGCUGCAGCUCAGAACAAAGAAACGCUGCUGGGUGGGCGCAUCGUGGUGGGGCUCGGCAUAGGUAUUGCUUCUAUGACAGUCCCAGUAUACAUUGCAGAAGUUGCUCCACCCCAUCUAAGAGGUAGAUUAGUUACUAUAAAUACACUCUUCAUCACAGGAGGACAGUUCUUUGCAAGUGUUAUAGAUGGAGCCUUCAGUUACCUUCCAAAGGAUGGAUGGAGGUAUAUGUUGGGCCUCUCGGCAAUUCCAGCUGUAAUACAGUUUGUUGGCUUCCUGUUCCUUCCUGAAAGUCCCCGCUGGCUUAUUCAGAAAGGUCAGACUCAAAAGGCACGCAGAAUUCUGUCUCGAAUGCGGGGUAAUCAAACAAUAGAUGAAGAGUAUGAUAGCAUCAAGAAUAACAUAGAAGAGGAAGAAAAAGAAGUUGGUGCAGGUGGACCUGUGAUCUACAGAAUGCUGACCUAUCCUCCAACUAGAAGAGAGUUAAUUGUGGGCUGUAGUCUACAAAUGUUCCAGCAACUGGCAGGUAUUAACACAGUCAUGUACUACAGUGCCACCAUUAUGCAGAUGUCUGGUGUUCAAGAUGACCAGCUUGCAAUUUGGCUUGCUGCAGUGACAGCAUUCACUAAUUUCAUUUUCACUCUUGUUGGAGUCUGGCUUGUUGAGAAAGUGGGCCGACGGAAACUCACACUUGGAAGUUUAGCAGGCACUACAGUUGCACUUGUUGUUUUAGCUUUGGGAUUUUUGCUGUCAGCUCAGAUUUCACCACAAGUCACUCUUAAUCCUGAAGGUCCUUCAGGUCAAAAUUCUACCUGCACAAAAUAUAGUUACUGUAAUGGGUGCAUGCUGGAUCCAAUUUGUGGCUUUUGCUACAAACUAAACAAGUCAAGUGUUGUGGAGUCCUCCUGUGUUCCUGUUAAUAGGAAGUCUACAAUGGAAGCAGCCUGGGGCAGAUGCUCAAAUGAGACCAGACUCAAAACUGAAGAUAUGAAUUGGGCAUAUAACUUCUGCCCUACACCAUACUCUUGGACAGCGCUCCUGGGACUUAUUUUAUACCUCGUUUUCUUUGCACCAGGAAUGGGACCAAUGCCAUGGACAGUAAAUUCUGAAAUAUACCCCCUUUGGGCUAGAAGUACAGGAAAUGCAUGUUCUUCUGGCGUAAACUGGAUUUUCAAUGUUCUAGUAUCGCUAACAUUUCUGCACACAGCUGAAUAUCUAACAUACUAUGGAGCAUUCUUCCUAUAUGCAGGAUUUGCUUUUGUGGGACUCAUUUUCCUGUACGGCUGCCUUCCUGAGACGAAAGGGAAAAAACUAGAGGAAAUUGAAUGCUUAUUUGAGACCUCACUGUGUACAUGUGGCAUUUCAGAUUCUGAUGAUGGGAGAUUGUGCUGAGGCCUUUAUCAACGGAAAAUCAUUAGCCAGCAUUCUAGUUUGUUGACAUUCUGUCAAAUGAUGUCCAGCUGUGCAUCAUCCUCAGUUCUUUUUCUGAAGCAUAUUACAUUUAUCUUCUUGUGGAGUAUUUUUUUUUAAAGUCAGGCUUGACAUUUCCCCAUUCUCCACCUGUUAAAGGCUGAAAGCAGUGUAUUUUUGCUCACUAACAAGAGACAAAAUCCACUGCCAACUAUUCCAUUCCUUUACUUUUUCCUCUGGACUUGCUGGUUUAAGUCUUCCUUUGAUGUUGUUUUUAUGCUCUAGUAAUGCCUUAGUCACAGUACUAAGAAUUAUUUAUAAUGAAUAGAAUGAUACUUGAAAUAAGUCCUACAAAAUUGGGGGUUUUAUUUUUUGAAUCUGUGAAUGUUUAUAAUCAAAGAAUAAAGGUGAAAUGUUGCUAUUUCACAACAGCUUUUGUUUAUAUUUUACAUCUUAAGAUGGCUUUGUUAGAAAAGUCUAGAUUUAAAAUUCCAUAUACAAUAUUUAAUUACAGUGGGUGAUAUGUACAACAUGCCUAAACACAACACUUUUAUUAAAGCUUUCUAACACCUACUACUUUCCAGAAGUCUGUUCAGAUCAAUUGCACUUCAGGUAGGUUAGAAUUAAUUUCAGGUGGUGUGUUUCUUACUACAGUUUGACAGAUCUUAAAUACCUCUGCUUCUAAGAACUCACCUCAACCUAGCAAAAGUAAUUCACAAGUGGAAGCAGGCUUCUGUACAAAACACAUUUGGAAGAUUGAGUCCUCUGAAAACAAACAGAUGCAGUGCAGGAUUCAAGUGCCUGCAUCUGGCCACAACUAGGGCACAAUGAACAAACCAGAUGGGGACCAAGGGAGCAUAUUUGAUAGGGCAGAUGAUUGGGACUGUCAAAGCUCAGUAUGGUCCCCAUCUAUGGCUCUAGUUAUCUACUUUGUGACAAUACUUACUCAUUCCAUGCCUAAUGUAAUCAAAAGUUAAAUGCUCCAAAUAAAACUUUAUCACAAGCCAUUUGGCUCACUCUGAAAUUAUCUAAAAUAUCACAGUUAUUACAAAUACAUCUUUUUUUAAAAAAAAUACAAAUAAAAAUAAUUCAUGGUUGCUUAAUUCUAGCUUCCCCCUCCAUUAGUCUAACCAAAUCCUUCAUGUUGUUAAAGAUUAUGGUAGAUUUUGAUUUAUCUCAUGCAUUUAUUUUCUGUAAUUCCCCCUUCAAAAAUUAAUUUGUGAAGCUUAAUUAAAUAGGAUAAGUCCUUUAUAAAAACAGGUAGCCUUGCUUAUUAUGCAUGCACAAUACUUAAUUUCCAUAAAAAAAUAUCCUGUGAAUUAUAGUGAAAGCACAGUUACAAGCAUAAUGAGAGCAGGGUGUUUCAUGUAGAAUUUAUUUUGAAAGAAGCUCACAUUCAGAAUUGAAAGUAAUCAAGUUUUAGUGUCUAAGAGCUCUAGGGAAAAUGCCAAGCAAACUGUUUAUGACUGAUACCUACCAUUAAUAAAGAUAAGGUAUUGUCACUGAGAAUAGUAUUAAUAUUAAAGACAACUGAGUCUGAAAUGUAUUGAGCAAAUAUAGCUAAAUAGUAGACUACCCCAGUCAACACAGAAGAUUGGUUAAAACUGUGUAUAAGCAUGUGUGCAUUCUCAGACAUAAAGCAGACCUUUUACAUAGAAAAAAAAUACGGGUUGCUGUGAUUUCAAAGAAGCCAUUGGGGCAGAGGAAAUUUUGCUAGCGCCAUAGGAGGUACUGGCAGGUACACUGGCACAUGCUGACACUAAGAAGCCAUUGGGUCAGGGAUCACCAGCUUAGUGUCAGCAUAUGCCAGAGUACCUUCUAUACCAAUAUCUUCUAUGGUGUCAGCAAAAUUUCCCCUCAGAAAUUUACAACACAUGGUAAAUCGAUGGCUCUUUCUGCUCAGUUCCUGUUUCCGCUGGCUCAGCCUCUCUUAUAAUGAACAAGCUCCCUCAAACAUGCCCACAUUUCAUUGGAUACUUGGAUUGGUCACCCAUGUUCCCAUUUCUUUGGAACAAAGGAGAUAUGCAAAGAUUCUUUCUAUGAGUAAGUGGCUGACGUAGGUGCCUUUUUCAGCAUUGAUGAAGUGGGGGUAGGUCCCCAUCAUUUUAUGGUCCUGGCUCUUUUAGAAGUGGCAGCCAUUAUGCUGUACAUCUGUGGCAGCCAUUUGUGACUACUGCCCACGGCACCUUCUCAAAAUUCCCAAAUGCCCUCUGGCCCAAACCCUAGUCCAGACAUCCAGCAUACAUGCCAGGCAAUGUAUGUAUGAGUCAAUAUUGUGCACCUAGAUGAACUGAGUUGGCUUGAACUGGGGAAGUAGGGGGCUCAUAUUCAGAACUGGAUUGAUUCAGAAAUGAAUUUACUCAUUUAAAAAUAAAUAAGCACCACCAAUUUCAAGGGAACCCCAAAUUUUGCCUGAUGCUUGUUUUGACCCCAGUUUUCCCUGCUGCCAAAUUCCCUCUCCCUUUUCCAAAAUUUACCUUGUGGGGGAAAGUUUCAAGAUAUUGAAACUUUAACUGUAUAGAAACCGGAGAGAAGAUGUAAUGAACUUGCCAUUGUUCCUAAGCAAUAUAGUGUAAGCUUCUGAGCAUGUUUUGGAUCCUCCAUUAUUUUUGUAUUGUUAUUAUUGUUGUUGUUGUUAUUAUUAUUAUGGAUCACUCUAUUCAGGAGGGAGGAAUUAAAACGAUCACUUCCAGGAUACCCUGUGGCAUCCUCACGAGUCCCCGUUGUGUCACCGGUAACAAUGGGGACUUAAAAGAUGAACUGCCUACUGCCCCUAGUCUUCUGCUGCCUCUGGGUUCCCAGUUCUCCUUUCCCUUUGCAAAGUAAGUUGGACUUGAAAAGGCUAGGCUCAUUCUUGAUCUAGGUUCAGGGCAGAAGGGUGUGUUCACCUAAUGCUAGUCCCAAAUGAGUGAUUCAAAAGUUACUGUUUCAUUUGAUUAGAGCUAGUUUUAGUUGCAUUCCAUAGACAUGAGCUCCUGUGUUCUUGUACAUCUUCCAUUUGAUUUGAUGGGCCUGCACAGGAGACAUUGCCAGUGUGUUGUGUCCAUGGUUGUUAUUAAAUUUCAGCAAUGUUUCAUAGUGGCUCUUAAAAUGUAUAGAAAUCUGAGAAAAGAUAUAAUGAAAUCAGUAUUUGAAAAAUUAAACACUAUGUAUUAUAAGUAUUUUUAAAUUAAAAGAAAAGAUCUGAGAAGCACUUUUAACCAUUUAUUUGGGCAUUUUUCUUUCUUUUGCCUCUUGUCUAGAUGUGCAUCAGGCCAGAGGCAGUGAGGCUGCAAUAUGUGCUUUAUGGUUUUUUUUAAAAGUGUGUUAUUGCGGGUAACUUUUACAGCUGAAAUGUAGCUACUGAUAAAGAAAUUAUCCUGAAUUGUUCUUCAGAUUUAAACAAAUCACAUUUUUGUGGGGAAAUUGUGAUUUUCUAUGAAUAGCCUUGUGUACAGUUACCAUUUGGCAUAAUCUAGAAUGGUUUGAGUUGAGGCAGUGUUUACAAGAAAAAAGUCAGCAAAGUAUAUUCUUCUUGGUAAAAAUUGUUCCAGUACUGCAGAAUAAAUUAUUUAAAGGUAAUUAUGUAGAUUUAAAAAUCAGAAAAAUAUUGGGCAGUUAUUUGUGUAUUUUCACAUAGAGAAGGAUUUUAAUGUGCCAAUAAUAAUCACUGUGGUGUUUUGUAAUAAAGUGCUAUUGUUGUUCAAAAGUACUGUAUAAGAAAAUAUUUUAGCAGAGAGAUUUGUUAGUAAAUAGCAAAACACAUUUCCUAAUCUGACUUGUAUCUCUUGAAAUCAAAGCAGUUAAAUUAGAGUAAGAAACUAGUUUCUAUAAUUCGUUUGUAUGUAAUUAAUGUAAAGUACAUUACAUUCAAGAACUGGGCAUGUGUAACUGUGUGUGUAUAUACACACAUACAUAUAUAUACACAUAUGUAUGUAUGUAAAGUACAUAUGUUCUUUGGAGCUUUUCCAAAUUGAUGUUAACAUUUUUAUUCAUUUUAUGUAACAUACCAAAGAUGGGAAGUAGAUGUUCUCUACUGCAAGGGUCACAUCGAUUGAUAUAAAAGAAUAAAAUCUGUAUUAGAGCCUCUUGCCUACAGUGUGUUUAAGUACAUGUUUGGUACUGUGUCUUUGUUUUAAAAAAAAAAAAAACAGUUCCCUGCACUUGGAAAGCUAGAUGUGAGGGGAAGGUUUUUUUUAAAAAAGUGGGAUAAUAUUUUGUCAUACAUUUCUAGUCUUCCCCACCCCACCAUGCAGAUCAUGCACUCGUACAAUUUCUCCUCUCUGUAUACCCAACCAGCCCCUCACAGCCUGGAGUGACCUUGUCCAGAAGCAGUUAUGCCUCAUCAGGAGCAUCUGUGUUUGCCUGGGGUGAUUUGAAGCAGACA